GUCGUGCUUGGAAUCGGACCGGCCAAGAGCCAUGGAUCUCGAGGUGGUAGGACGCCACGCGCUCUUCUUCGACGAUGACGCCAUGGCGGCGUUCGUGAACUCGCCUGACGCCCUCGUCGACUGGAACUCCCUGUCCAUCGAUCGCUACGACGUGCGCCACCUCCUCUCCGCUCCCCCGCCGCCUCGCAGCAGGCGGCGCCACCAGUCCGCGCCGCUCCUUCACCCCGACUCCUCCCUAGAGUCCGAGCUGGAUUACGAGAGAUACCUCGACCUGCCGCUGCCUUCCGAUGAUGAAGAUCCAUCUAUCAGAUCUGGGACAACAUCAGCGAAUGAUGGUGGGUUUCGUGCUGUUGGCUUUUCGUACGGAAAUGCUGAGGAGUCAAUUGAUCAGAAAAAUGAUGAUACCGAGUCUGGUUUUCAACCACCCUUCUCUGUACCAGAAUGGUUACUCCAGAACCUGAUACCUGGAGCAGGAUGCAGUUCUUGUGAGUUGAGGUUGCCAUUCAUGGCUACCUUGAGCGAAGGGACUCACAGGUGGGAUUAGAAUGAUUGAAACUCAUUUUCCUGUCUGGAACCUUAACCACUUGAGCCCUUGCCCGAUGAAGCUUAUCUUCAUAGAGUUUUGUUUCUUGAUCUUUGUGGUUACCCGAUUAUGUGAGAUUCAACCGUUAAAUCUCUAUGAUUAUUUAUAUGAUCUUAUUGUUUACUUCGUUUCCUGUACUUCUCUCUGUUAAGGAAUUCUUCUUCUGUAUGUUUUCUUUUUUCCAGCCUCCGACAGAAAAGUUGCAUCAGAUCAUUGCCAGGACUGCUACAUUUGUGAGCAAGAAUGGUGGACAAUCGGAAAUUGUUUUGAGGGUGAAACAAGGAGAUAACCCCACUUUUGGGUUCUUAAUGCCAGAUCAUCAUCUUCAUCCAUACUUCAGGUUUCUUGUUGAUCACCAAGAACUCCUGAGAUCUGAUACUGAAGAAAAGUCUUCAGGCGAAUGUGCAGGUGGUGCAUUGUCUUUGCUUGGUGCAGUAUAUGAUUCUGGGGAGGAAGAGGAGAAUGAAGCUGAAACUUCCCCAGGAAAUAAUAAAUCUAAGAAUGCUAAGGAAGGUAGUGAUAUGCCUUCUUCUCAUAAAUCAGAAGAUACAGCAUCUUCUGCAAAUCUAGGAGGGAAAGAAGAACCAACUUUGAAGGAUCCACUUUCUUCUUUGAAAGAAAAGGCUUCUCUCAUAAAGAGAAACCAUUCCAUUUGUGCUGUCAAGGCUGGAUCUGAAGGUGCGCUUAAAAGGGAUGGUGAAGCCUCUUCAGUCAGUGCUUCUGCGGAGAAGAAGAGAUCCUCUGCUUUUCCCAAUUUAUUUACAGCCGAGACAUCUAUCAUGGAGCCUCCAUUUGAAAUGAAGCGGUUAGUUGAUAAGAUCGUUGAGUUCAUCCUGAAAAAUGGGAAACAAUUUGAAUCGGUUCUUGCUGAACAAGAUAAAGAUCAUGGGAGAUUUCCAUUUCUUCGGCCAUCUAACCAGUACCACUUGUACUACUUAAAAGUCCUCGAGGAGGCACAACAGGCAAAAUUCCCUGGAAAGAAAAAUGACGCAUCAAUUCAUGGGGCGGAAAAGAAAUCCGUUCAUAAGGAUAGUGAUAGCCUAUCAUUGGGGUCUGAUAUACCCGAUGACUUGAAUAAGAAAGAGAAAUUUAAGAUGGUGAUAGGAAGGAUGAAAAAAGACGGGCAGGAGCAGCCCCCGAAGGAAUCUCGAGAGGAGCUUGGAGUUUGUGUGGACGCAGCAGCAGCUGCUGCUAUACUUCAGGCUGCUCGUAGAGGUAUUAAGAAUCCCAACCUUGAAGUACUCCCAAGGACCCAGUCACUUAAUGGAGGACAGAGCCUUGGAAGUGAGUCCUCGAAGCCUCUAGGUGGGCCUCUACCCCCUGCCACAGCCAUUGCAGAGACUGCCGCUGCUGUGACUGCUUCUGAAGCCGAUUCUUCAGAGGCGGGGUUGACUAAAGACCAGAAGCUGAAGGCUGAGAGGCUGAAACGGGCAAAGAUGUUCACUUCAACGCUGAAAAGUGGAGCUGUUCCAUCGAAAUCUCCUCCUUCAGAGUCGGUGAUCUCGGGUUUGGGUGUGGAUGUGGAGCCUCCAAGGGAAAGGGAAGGCAGUUCGGUGCCACCUGAUUCUGAUGCCAUAGAGAGAACUGGGCGGUGGCUGAAGAGGAGUUACCGCUCAAGAAGUAAAAAGCAGGACGAGGAUGAUGAAGAAGAAGAGGAGGAGGAAGAAGAAAGGGAUGGAGAUGGAGAAGAAAACACAGAGAGAGACCAUAAGCACUCGAGGAAGAAGAAGCACAAAUCUCAUCUAUCAUCUCAUCAUAGCAAGGAGGGGCACAAAAAGCAUAGGAAGAAGCAUUCCUCUUCCUCCUCAAAGGACAAAGACUCGAGACACCAGAGACAUAGGCAUGAGGAUGAUAUAGCUAGCUCAUCUGAUGAUGAGGAGUACAGGCACAGGAGGCAUCGAAGGAGGAGGAAGCACAGGUCUGAUGAUGACGAUGAGGAAGACAAGGAUGAGCAUCACCAUAGCAAAUCCCGGCGGAGGCACAAGAGAGAUCGUAGGGAUAGGGAGAAUUCAGAGGAAGAAAUGCUAGCUGCAAAAGCGGGUGAUUCCAAAAGACAUAGUGGGGCUGAUCGGGAUAUUUAUAGAGAAACAUUGGUGGAUGCAUCGAGUUCUUCUAUUAAGGCAUCUGAGACCACUGAGGUUCCUGACGAUCUGAGGGCGAAGAUUCGAGCCAUGCUGAUGGCUACUAUGUAAAGCUAUGUUCAUCCUAUGGUUAUCUGAUUGGUCUCUCUCUCUCUCUCUCUCCAAGUAAGCUGAUCAAAAGAGCGAUUCUAUUAGAUGUUUGUGUCGCUGAUAGAUAGCUUGUUUUGUACUACAGGAGCAAUGCUCUAAUGCACCUUGUAUGGUUAGGAAUACUGAUUGUGCAUUCUCGAGUUUCAGUCAAAUGUGAGUCGCGCCAUUUCGAAUUCAUAAUUUCUUUGAUUAAGUCGAUCUAUGGUUAGCAUCACAAGUUGGUUGCAUCUAGUUAUGUCUGUUUCCAGCUUUGAUGUUGAGUACGGCAGAACUAGAAAUGAGGUGUUUAUUGCACUCCCUUGUAGCAACACUUUAAGUUCAUCUCCA